AUGCCAGAUUUGAUGAACUAACCCCAAAAGCUUGAAUAAAUUUAGUAAUAAUUCUUCGUUAGUGGAGGUGAAUCACUUUUGAGUAAAAUGGGAGGAAUGUUAUUAGCUAAAGCAUUUUUGCCAAGUGGAGCUCAUAUCAAGCAAGCAUUAGUUUACCUAGAUUUAGCAAUCAAAACUGAAUUAGUACUUGUAAGCAGAUAGUCUUAAUUAGCCUUUUAGAACGAUUUGACUGCCUCAUUAUUUUGGUUUUCUCUUGUUGAACUAGCUUUAUUCAUUUUCAGCAUGCUAUUGUUCUUCACUGAUCCAACUGAAAUGGUUUAUAUUUGGUUUCAUAUUUUCCAUGUACUAAGAGGAGGAGUUGGGCUUAUUUUGAUGAAAAAGUUGCCAAAGUCACAUCAAAUGGCGAGCAACAUGUCUAUACCGAAAGAUGAUAAAAUGACAUUCUAAGCAAUUAUGAAUUAUAUUAUACUGGCUGCCAGAGAUGCUCUAAAAGAUUUCUCAAAUCAAACUAGAAAAUGGUUGAUCAUCUACUUUAUUUCAACAAUUGUUUGUUUACUUUUAGAUCUAAUCUAGUUCUUUUCCUAGAUAAAAGAUUUCGGAAUGGUACAGUCAGCCUAUGCUGAUCUAUCCAUGAUUACAAUUGCUUCUAUUUUUCUAUUUAUUGAUUGGUACUAUAUUGUAUGGAUAUUAUCACUCCAAUACAAAUUUCCAAACUACAUCUCAGCCUAAUUUGUUAAAGGUCUCUUUGGCCUCAUGGAAUCACUCCAUUCAUCUCUGGGAAAUUAUAUUAGUAGCUAAAAAAGUUACUUUGAUGAGUAAUAUCACGGAUAGGCUCAAAGAUAUAAUUAUGUCGAAGGUGAUGAUAUCGGUAUUUCUGCAGGAAGUUAACCCCAGAAUAAAGCAGUAAACUACCCAAAGCCUUAACAAGAGACAUUAUUUUAAGACUGA